CGGUAAAACCCCACCAAAGAAGAGGUGCCUCAGAAUAAAAAUGGCGGAGACUGGUAAACGUGAAGUUGAUUUUGAGGACAGAAACGAAACUGAUACUGCUAAGGCCAAACGACUAAAGAAUGACCCGAAUAGUGACCAAGAUAAUCACAAUGAAUCAGCAUCUGAAAAUCCUUUGUUCGGAUUUAAAACAACAACGGUUCUGCGCGACUCUGCACGGGAGAAAAAUAUGUUCAUACACGGAAAGUUGAACGACCAGGAUGCGGUCAUCAUUCUGGAGAAGACCCCUAUCAGGGAAGACACCCUGUUGGAGAUUUUCAAUGGCUCCAGACUGAAGUUGGACAUGAGGAAUGAUAUCUACAGCACGUAUCAACUCCAACCCCCUGCUCAUUUGAAUGAGAUGAAGACCACAGUGGUGUGUCCGGCCACAGAGAAGCAUGUGAAGAAAUACCUGCGCCAGGAGACCUACUUAGUGCAGGAGACUGGGGAGGACUACCGCUCUAUCACCCUACCUUACAUUCAGAGUCAGAGCUUCAGUGUACAGUGGGUGUACAACAUCUUGGAGAAGAAAGCGGAGGCAGAGCGCAUCGUUUAUGAGGACCCAGACCAGGACGUCGGCUUUGUCCUGCUCCCAGACUUCAAGUGGGAUCAAAAGCAGUUGGAUGACUUGCAUUUGAUUGCCAUCGUUCAUCGAAGGGACAUCAAAAGUUUGCGAGGCCUGACAGCGCUGCAUCUGCCAUUGCUGACUAACAUCCGCAAGAAGGGAGAGGAGAGCAUUCUGAAGCGAUACGGUGUGGCAGCCAGUAAGCUGAAGGUGUACCUCCACUACCAACCGUCCUACUACCACCUCCACAUCCACUUCAAUGCCCUGAGCUACGAGGCCCCGGGCUGCGGGGUGGAGCAUGCCCACCUGCUUUCGGACGUCAUCCAGAACCUCCAGGCAGACUCCCAGUACUACCACAGUCGCUCCCUCUCCUUCCCCCUGCGGGCUGACCAAGGCCUGCUCAGCAAGUUCAAGGAUGCUGGCAAGCUGUAGUGUCUAGACGCCCAAACACGACAACACUACUACGGAAGGACCUCAGAGGGAUGAACACGUUGGGAAUGGUGGUGGUUUGGAACUCUGGCUUUUUUGCAAUUGAAUUUGCUAAAAUCCUGUAUCUUCUCUUCUCCGUCCUCUCUCGCCUUCUUUUUAAAAAUGUCAUGGAGAGGCAGCGAAGAGAGGUAAAUGUGGAUGAAAAUAUGCUUGUAUGAAAUUACUCCUCCACUCGCGUGUUGCAUGAAUUACGUUUACAGGGGUAAAUCUAAAAAUACAUGUGAUAAAGACAAAUAAAGUUAGUUGGGCCAGACAUUUUAUAGAUAAAACGAUAAGUAGCAUAUUGAUUUUCAACGUGUGGAUGCUUUUCUCCUCAGAAAAAACUAACGCUGAUUCAAAGCGGGUUUGGCAGAUUUCAGAACUCUUCCGCGAAGGACUUGCAUGUUUAUCCUCGCCUAUUAACGAAUUGACAUCUCCUCAAUCACUUAUCGGGUUCCUGGUCAUGGAGAGAGGGUGGAGGACAGACUUUUUCCCAAAUGAGAAAAGGCCACAAAUGUCUGUCACUUUGACAUUCACUUACAAACCAAAAAUCAGUAUUAGAAAAUAUUCAUGCAGAUUUUGUUUUCUAAUAAUUUAGCCAGAUACUGUACAUACAGUGCCUUCAGAAAGUAUUCAUACCCCUUGAUUUAUUCUACAUUUUGUUACAGCCUGAAUUCAAAAUGGAGAACAAAAAGUCUCACCCAUCUACACACAAUAGCCCAUAAUGACAAAGUGAAAACCAGUUUUUUUUUUUUUGCAAAUGUAUUUCAAAUGAAAUGCAUCUCAUAUAUAUACGUAUUCACACCGCUGAGUCAAUACAUGUUAGAAUCACCUUUGGCAGCGAUUACAGCUGCGAGUCUUUCUGGGUACGUUUCUAAGAACUUUGCACACUUGGAUCGUACAAUAUUUGCCCAUUAUUCUUUUCAGAAUUCUUCAACCUCAAGUUGGUUGUUGAUCAUUGCUUGGCAACCAUUUAAGUCUUGCCAUAGAUUUUCAAGCAUAUUUAAGUGAAAACUAACUCAGCCACUCAAACAUUGUGUCUUGGUAAGAAACUGCAGUGUAGACUUGGCCUUGUGUUUUAGGUUAUUGUCCUACUGAAAGGGGAAUUCACCUCCCAGUCUGGUGGAAAGCACACAACCAGGUAUCCCUCUAGGAUUUUGCCUGUGCUUAGCUCCAUGAUGUUUUUAUUUUUUAUCCUGAAAAACACCCCACUCCUUAACGAUUACAAGAAUACCCAUAACAUGAUGAAUCCACCAAUAUGCUUGAAAAUAUUGAAAGUGGUACUCAGUAUUGGAUUUGCCCCAAACAUAUUACAACACUUUAUAUUCUGGACAAAAAAUGAAUGGCUUUUCCACAUUUUUUGGCACUAUUACUUUAGUCUCUUGUUGCAAACAGGAUGUAUGUUUUUGGAAUAUUUUUCAUUCUGUACAGGCUUCCUUUUCACACUCAAUUAGGUUAGUAUUGUGGCGUAAAUACAAUGUUGUUGAUCCAUCCUCCCUUUUCUCUUAUCACAGCCAUUAAACUCUGUAACUGUUUUAAAGUCACUAUUGGCCUCAUGGUGAAAUCCCUGAGCGGUUUCCUUCCUCUACGGCAACUGAGUUAGGAUGGACACCUGUAACUUUAGUGACUGUGUGUGUUGAUACACCAUCCAAAGUGUAAUUAUUAACUUCACUAUGUUCAAAGUAAUAUUUGGUAUCUUUUUUUUUUACCCAUCUACCAAUAGGUUCCCUUCGUUGUGAGGCAUUGGAAAACCUUUGUGGUUGAAUCUGUGUUUGAAAUUCACUGCUCGACUGAGGGACCUUACAAUUAUCUGUAAGUGUGAGGUACAGAGAUGUAGCCAUUCAAACAUGAUGUUAAACAUUUAUUGCACGGAGUGAGUCCAUUAAAUUUCUGUGACUUAAGCAAAAAAAUAAAAAAUACUCCUGAACUUUAGGCUUCCCAUAACAAAGGAGUUGAAUACUUGACUCAAGACAUUCAAGCUUUUAAUUUUUACCAAAAAAUCUAUUUAAUCUGUUUUAAAUUCAGGCUGUAACACAAUGUUGAAAAAGUCUAGGGGUGUGAAUACUUUCUGAAAGCACUGUAUUUGUUUCUCUGUAGCCUAUAGAUUAUUUUGUUUUUAAUACAAGUCCUGAGGAUUGAGGUUCAACUGUAGUUGUGCUGUAUUGCCUUGGUGGAUUCAGAAUUUGCAGUUGCUCAUUUUUUGUUAAACUUUUUAAAAAUAUAUUUGUUGAACAGAAAUAAAGAAUUGUACAACCAUU